UGUGCCACACAAGCGGCAGUGACAGCUGCAGGAGGCAGGAGAGAGACAGGAGGAGAGCUCUCAGAGUAAAUCGUAGGAGGACAGAGAAGGGAACUUGUGUGUCAGCGUAGGUGCCGCCUGAAGCCAGGUGAUGACAUGCAGGAUAAAAGGACAGUGAUGAGGUCCAGUACCACACUCAAAAUGUCUGGGUCACAUUGAGAGCCUCCUGUCAUAUCAACACCAGUUUCAUCAAGGUCCAUCAGAAGAAGCAGACAGCAUGCAGAACCUCCGGCAUGCUGCUUCAGAGGCUUUCCAGCGUCUCGGGCUAAAGCAAAGACAUCUGGGCUAUGAGGAGCUGGGUGAGCUGGACGGGGUGGAGAAACCACAGCCGCACUGGUUUCACACACUGCAGGUGCGGCGGCUCAGAGUUCAGAGGGGCCGCAGUAACAGCGAUCCAAUGGGAGGAAAGAGCUUCCAGCAAGAGUUCCAGUGGAAAACUGGCCUACAAUUUGGGAAUGCAACAUCUUAUCUGAAUCUGGAAAAACUUGGAGAGGGCACAUAUGCCACAGUUUACAAAGGAAUUAGCAGGAUAAAUGGUCAUCUUGUGGCUUUAAAGGUGAUUCACAUGAAAACUGAAGAAGGAAUUCCAUUCACAGCUAUCAGAGAAGCCUCCUUGUUAAAAGGCCUUAAACAUGCCAACAUAGUCUUGCUUCAUGACAUCAUCCACACGAGAGAGUCUCUCACCUUUGUCUUUGAGUAUGUGCAAACAGAUUUGGCUCAGUAUAUGAUUCAGCAUCCUGGUGGACUUCACUCCUAUAACAUCAGGCUCUUCAUGUUUCAGCUGCUGCGAGGGUUGUCUUACAUUCACAGCAGAAGAAUUCUGCACCGAGACCUCAAACCUCAGAAUUUGCUCAUCAGCUAUCUGGGAGAACUUAAACUUGCUGAUUUUGGACUGGCCCGAUCGAAGUCCAUACCAUGUCAAACAUACUCUGCUGAGGUGGUGACUUUAUGGUACCGUCCACCAGAUGUUCUCAUGGGCUCCACAGAUUACUCCACAGCCCUGGACAUCUGGGGAGCCGGCUGCAUUUUCAUAGAGAUGCUACAGGGGUCACCAGCGUUUCCUGGAGUCGCUGAUGUUUUUGAGCAGCUGCUGAAGAUUUGGACAGUCAUUGGUGUCCCGACUGAGGAGAUCUGGCCUGGUGUCAGUGAUCUGCCGAACUAUAAACCAGAGUGGUUCCUGCCCUGCAAGCCCCAGCAAUUCCGAGAUGUCUGGAAAAGGCUCUCUCAGUUACCUUAUAAGACGGAGGAUCUGGCCCAGCAGAUGCUGAUGAUGAAUCCAAAGGACAGGAUUUCAGCCCAGGAUGCAUUGCUGCACCCAUAUUUCAACACUCUUCCACCUCCGUUAAUGCAUCUAAGGGACACUGUGUCCAUCUUUAAGGUGCCGGGCGUGAGGUUGGAGUCGGAAGCGAGGGAUAUCUUCAGCCCCAGUAGACGAACGAAGACGCCUCUUGCUCCACUGGCCAAAUGCUGGUGAAAGACUCUCUUCUGUAAAUAGUUGGUGUGCUUGUUAAAACCAAAAAACACACCAGCAUGAGUAAACGUGACAAUAGCUAUGUUUCCAUCCAUCUGUUUUAAAGCUCAUAAAACCCUGGACUCAAUUUUCAGGCAUUUUAACAGAUUUGUCUGUGUUGGUGCUAACGUCAACGCUAGCAUCUGUUAGCUUCAACUAUAGAUAAUAGUUUGAGAAUUUUGAGCUUUUCCCCCCUAUUUUCAUAUUCUGGGUUAAAAAUCUAUAUGAUCCGUGAUACUUGUGGGGAUGUAGCAUAGGACUGCGAGUAUAAUAAUAUGCCGAUAUCUAAUUAUUAUUCAGUUUUCUUAUUCUACACUUAAAAAAAUUAUUUUGCUGCUUGAUCAAACUACUUAUUUAAAAUGAGCUAAAUCAACCCAACCCAACUUAAUUUUUUUAUCUUCAAUUCAUUUAAAUUCUUAAAAACAAUUAAGUUAAUUUAAUCCAUUUGUAUUGGGACAACAUGAAGGAAUUGUGUGGAACAUACAGUGUAUGAGAGCUGCUUUUGAAUUAAUAGUCAAGCCAUGAGACUGUUAGGCUUUAACGAAGGGUUGCAGUGCUGGCUGUGUCAGAAGUACCAACGUCUACAAGUUAUUUUUAAAUUACUACUAAUGAUUUUUAAAUUUAGGCACACACAUAAAGGGACCGAAUAUAGCCAAUAAUGUAGAUGCAGCCUUUAAACUCUCCAGUGUCCAUGUAAGCACUCCUGUAAAACUGUGAUCAUUACAACCAAUCACAGUCAUA